AUGAAUCGCUCUAGCAACUCCAAGUCCUCAAAGGCACCGCACAACCGUUCGGCCAGCAGCAGCUCUGGAAAUGGUGGCAUUUUCUCGAACCUAAAGAGACUGACCACGGGUAGCGGGAACUCGAGUGUCAGCCACAACACGCAGAAGCUUGACAUCUCGGACAUCUCAUCUCCUAAGAAGAUCAACCUGCCGGACACCGGCGAGUUCUCGCACAAGCCCCUGAGCAAACAGUCCACGCUCAACAUGGCCAGUUUGUCUGCCUACACAGACGCGGUCGGCGCCCACAACCGCUCCGCGUCAAACGCAUCCGUCGGCUCGCCCACCAAAUACUCGUACUCCCGCCGCGCGUCGCAGUGGUCUAACAACAACUCCGCUGUAUCCGGCUCCAAACUCUCACGGCAACAAACAAACCAAAGCAUGUCGUCAGCCAGCAUAUUCUCGCAGGGUUCGUUCUCGAACCUGUCAAAGUUCGUGGGUCCCGACGGGGCCGUGCGCCUGGAAAGGCCGCGAGACCCCAAGGAGAUCGAGGAGCUCUUCGAAGAGGUGCUCUACAAGAGAAACGUUUACCAGAGUUUGCCCGCCUCGGCUCAAAGAGAGCUAAACAACUACGACCUCGAAAAAAAGUGGUUGAUGGUUCGGCAAGAUCUACAGUCAGAGGUCAAGAAGUUCAUGAAUAGCAAAAAUGCCUCAAAGUCAUCCACGGUUGUUGGGGGCAGCUCCUCUGCAGUCCCCGACUCUCCGUCUGCGUCAAACUUUACGAGUUCAACUUCUCCCAAUGGCAGUUUCACCGGCCUGAGCCGUCCCAAAAUAUCUACCUCAAGUGUGAACACUUCUGAACAGUUUUAUUCCUCGAACCUAGGAACCUCAAGCACGACAACUCUGUCCCAGGACCCAUCUCAUUUAUCGCCAGACUACUAUGUGCGUAAGAUUAUUUGCAAUGAUAUUUCUGCAAAAAGGCUAAACGACUUAUGGGUAUCGCUACGUACCGAGCAGCUUGACUGGGUUCAGGGCUUUUUGGAAGCACAAGGCCAAGUUGCCAUUGCUAACGUUAUACUGAAGACAUGCUACCGCGAAUCACCCGAUAAUUUACUCGGUGACGAGGUACUUGAUAAAGAGUUUGCAUAUUUCAAAUGUCUCAAGACAAGUCUUAACCUUCGCGAGGGGGCGGACGAAGCCGUUAUGUCAAAUAGCGCAAGAAUAAUAGUCUCCGCUAUAGUUGAAGGUCUUUUAUCCCUAAGAGUGGCAACGCGGCGAGUGGCCUCGGAACUCUUGAUUUCCCUUAGUCAAUGGUCUUUGCCUCAUGGUUUCAACCAUGUCAUGGACGCUCUGGAUCAGGAAUCCAGGUUUUGUGACAACGUCCAUUUACAAGCAAGGCUGAUAACACAGUCCGCCAGUAAAGAUCCUAAAAAAGGCAGUUCCAUAGCUCCUACCCCUGACGGCGAUGGUGAUCGCGUGAUGAGAAAAUUCGAACAGUGGAUGCUUGUGGUUGAGUACACUCUGGAUGGGAGGGGCAAAAUGGGGUCACUCGUGGGCGCUUCAGAAGACUUCAGAACUUCUGGGGGUGAGAACGCAAUCAUGGAGUAUGCAUACCUUACUCUUUUACUCAUAAACCAUCUCUGUCAAACCCCGGUCGAUGUAAAGCAAAGAACAGUCCUCAGGGCACGCUUGAAAAAUGCAGGUCUGCCCCGCAUCCUCAACAAAAUGAAAUUAUUGAACUAUGAGAAGGUUGAUGAACAACUAGCACGAUUUGACGACUCAACUACUGACGAUUUUGAUGCCCUUUACUCACAAGAGUCAACUGGCGAAGGCGUUGACAUGAAGGACCCCGUUUCAAUGACACAAAAUCUUUGGAAUCUUUGUAAAGGAACUGAUGCUGAACAACAUCUUACCUCCUUACUGCAGAAUCUUCUUAUCAGUACAGGCGAACUAGGUAGCAAAAACAAAGAUGACCCCACUCAAAGAACAAAACAAUUGAAAUUGAUUGAUGCACUAGUUUCAAACGUGUCGAUGGCUUCAGUUGACAUGCAGUCAUCUUUCAACAGUGCCAUACAACGACUUUACGAUGCGAUGCAAACAGACGAGAUCGCACGCCGAGCAAUUCUAGAGAAUAGAGACUGGGUCAAGCGUUACGAGGAAAUCAAGGCCGAUAGAGACAACCUGAAAGAAAAACUCUCUAAUGCCGAAGGGGGGUUAGUGGGUCAACUUCAAGACGAAGUCAGACAGCGGGAUCACAUAUUAGAAAAAAGUCAACGCGUUAACGCCCAGCUCCAACAUGAACUUGACGAAAGUAAGAAGAAAUUGAUACUGGCGAAGCAUGAACAUGAGGUUGAGCUACGGAAAACCUUAACAGCCAUGAACUCCAACUUUGAAGGUUCUCACAACAUGCGUGACGAAAAAGGAAGUGAAAACCCAAGACCAUUAAGACCUGAAAGGAAGCUAGCAAUUCAAAAAGCACUACAAGCGAAGCUCGAGAAGACCUCGAAGGAAAUCAACGUCGAAUCGAAGAGGCUGGGCCUCUCUCUGGAACCAAAUAAGAGGCUCAAGCUGCUUAGAUCACGUAUGGAAGAUAUUGAAAAUCAGGCCAGAGAGCUUGAAAUGACCAAUUUUUCUGAUUAUCAGAAAGAUGACAUUAAAGAACCUGAAGUUUCUAACGAAGACGACCACAAAGCGGUUUCAGAGAGCGAAGAAAAGGCCCAACAGAUUUCAGCAUUGAAGCUCGAAGAGCUGCGUAAAAAACUGGCUUCCUUACAGCAAGAGAGCAACGACAUAUCAAAGUUCAAUGUGGAGGGAAGAUUCCAUGAAAUGUUCAGCGGCCAAAAAUCAUUGGCUCUAGAUAGGCUGAAGAAAUUGGAAACUGACUAUAAAGGAUUUGGGAUAAAUUUUGAUCCUGAUUCACCAUUAGGCCAAGCUCUUGCUGGAAAGAGUGUUAGCAGUGAUGAUAAAGCUAGAACUCUUGAUCCGAAAGAAGCGCUUAACAUAGUCGAAGAAGUCUCCAACAUACUUUCAGGUCUUGAUUCUUCAAAGGCCGCGGAAAAAUCAAAUGAAACUCCUCUACGGACUGCGACGUCGUCCGAUUCUUCUGAAGAUGAAAUGGACGAUAAGAACGGCGACAAAAUUGCCGCAGAUUCUACACUGCCUACAAGCUCAUUCUUGGAAAGUUUAUCGCAAAAAUACGGGGGUGCUCAAAACUCUCUCAGCAAUAGGCACUCGUUUGCGGGCGGGGAAAUCAACUACCCUGGAAGUGGCUAUCAUAGAAAGUCUUUCAUGAACCGAGUAAAGAGAACUGGCGCCGUUCCUUACCUAGGUGAGCUUUCCGGGAAAAUUGGCUCUAGUUCCUACAUAAAGCCUAGCGAGGCUGAGGAAAAUGUUGGUAUUGGAAUUAUGGUUGAUGAAAAACCUCUAUCACGGAGAGUUCAAGAGGACGCGGCAGGUGUCUCUCAAUUGGAAUCAAACGAAGAAAAACCUGCCCUCUCUCAUGAUCUCGAUAAGAAUACCACUCAUAGUAAACCCAUAACCAUUGGUGAGAAUCUGGCCGCAGCCAAAACUGCCGGGAAACAGCAAGCGCAUGAGGACGAGGGAACAACUGAAGGCUCUUCCACUGACAAAGACUCCCAUGAGAUCGCCAGUGCGACUUCGGCUCCUCCACCCCCACCCCCUCCUCCCAUGGAUCUGUUCGCCAAGAAUGGGGCUCCUGUUAAAACGGAUAACCCGGAUCCUGCAGUGUCAGAUACAAAGAGUGCAGCUGCUCCACCGCCACCACCACCACCACCACCCAUCCCACCUAUGCUUGCUUCAAGUAGCAGUGGAUCAACGUCAAAAGCAGGUGCCCCACCUCCACCGCCUCCUCCUCCACCGCCGCCACCAGCACUUUUAUCGCAAUCAUCUAACAAUGGACCUCCGCCUCCGCCUCCUCCUCCACCACCUUUUGGCGCUUCUGUUUCAAGAAACAAAUCUGCAACUCCAUCUCCGAUGCUCCCGCAAUCACCAUCCUUAUUUGAUAGGUACCCACGCCCAUCUAAAAAGCUAAAGCAGUUGCACUGGGAGAAAAUUGAUGAUGCCGAAGAUUCCAUCUGGAGAGAUGCCAAGGCAGAAAAGUUCGCAGAUGAUCUUUACGAGAAAGGUGUUCUUUCGAGGCUUGAGAAGGCAUUUGCUGCAAGAGAAAUAAAGUCAUUAGCUAGCAGAAAGAAGAAAGAUUCUGACAAGCUAUCCUUCCUUUCGAGAGACGUGUCGCAACAAUUUGGUAUUAAUUUACACAUGUAUUCCUCUCUUUCGGUGGAAGAAGUUGUUUCCAAAAUUUUGAGAUGCGAUCGGGACUUUCUGUCAACGCCCAGCGUCAUUGAUUUCCUGUCAAAGCAGGAAAUUGUCGAAGUAUCAAACAAUUUGGCAAGAAAUUUUGCGCCCUAUACCAUUGAUUGGGAAGGUGUUUCGUCAGUUGAGAACGCUAAGCCUCCAGAAAAAGAUCCCACAGAGCUGCAGAGGGCAGAUAGGCUUUACCUUGAGUUGUUCGUCAAUCUACAGACUUACUGGUCUUCGCGUAUGCGCGCUCUGAAGGUGAUCACAACGUAUGAGAAAGAUUACAGUGACUUGGUUCACAAGCUGAGUAUGAUUGACAAAGCAACCUGUUCUAUUCAGCAGUCUGAGAAUUUGCGCAACGUUCUUGACGUAAUUUUGGCGGUCGGUAAUUUCAUGAAUGACUCUUCAAAACAAGCUCAAGGCUUCCGGCUAGCUACGCUGCAGAGGCUCACGUUCAUUAAAGAUGACAAGAAUAGCAUGACCUUCCUCAAUUACGUUGAGAAAAUAAUCCGAGAAACCUAUCCUGAGUUCAAUGAUUUUCUGAAAGAAUUGGAGCCUGUAGUCGCUGCAGUCAAAAUAUCAAUCGAACAAGUUGCCCAGGACUGCAGGGAAUUCUCACAAAGCGUUAUAAAUGUUGAACGGUCUGUGGACAUCGGAAAUCUCAGUGACCCUACAAAAUUCCAUCCUUCUGACAGGGUUCUAUUGAAGGUUCUUCCUACCCUCCCAGAAGCAAGGAAGAAGGGCGACUUAUUAAUGGAUGAGAUGAAAUUAACGCUUUUAGAGUUCGACAACUUGAUGCGUCUAUUUGGGGAAGACGCCAUGGACAAGUUUGCAAGAAACUCUUUUUUCAAAAAGUUUGCUGAUUUCUUGCUAGAAUACAAAAAGGCUCAGGUCUAUAACUUGAAGCUGGAAGAGGAAGAAAGAGCUUACGAAAGAAGAAAGAAACUCGUUGAAGACCAACUAAAAAGAACUCGCGAAAGUGAAAGUAAGAAUAAGGGUACCACGGAUGCAGGAGGUGAUUCUGUCCGUAAUGAGGUCAACGAAGAUAGGGACGUGAUGGAUAGGCUUUUAGAGAAGUUAAAGAACGCUGGCCCAGCUAAGAGUGAUCCAUCUUCUGCUCGCAAACGAGCUGUAGCAAGAAAGAGACUUCUACAAGGAUCUUCUUCCAAUUCAACAAUUUUGGACAAUUUCGACAUAGAGGACUCAGAUGGAAAAUCAUUAGUUUAUUCUCCUGAUAAUAAUUCAUCAGAAGUUCAGCUAAACGAGGCGGAUACUUCACCAACGCCUGAACGCAGGGUCAGAGAUAGCAACGCAACGUCACCCGCCAGCCAUGACACCGGGUCUUCGGAUUUGACUGAUCGAGCUAGAAAUCUAUUGAUUGAACUAAGAGGCCCGGAAUCACCUGGGGUGAAAAUGUCAGCUCAGCACCAGAGGCUAUCAAAGUUAAGGGCUCGGAGGAAGAACGAUAGCUCAAGCUCUGGAUCUGAAAAUCGCCUGAAUUUCGUAGGGGCAGGUCAAGCCGAGAACUCGGAUGAGCAAAAUGAGCCUGAGGUGUUGAAAAGCAAACCAGAAUCGGCCAAUGAUGAUGAUAAUGGCGAACAAUCAGACAGCAGCGAUGGUGAGUUUUUAGAUGCAUAA